AUAAUAGUUUGAAUAAUGAUGUACAUGCACACACACACAUACAUAUCCACGGAAAAUCGGAAGAAAUUCCGGUGCCCCCUAAAUCAGUGCAAAUAGAAUAAUCAAAGUUUCUUUCUUUUUUUUAAAACAAAUCUAAAGCCGAAAGCUGAGUACUCAAUCUUGUUAUUAGUACAACAAACAAGGAGAGAGAGUGAGAGAGAACCAAAGUCUCGUUUUUUAACUCCCACACAGCUCCGGUAACGCAGCUAACGCAGCUACAGCCACCGCCGGCAGCCUACUACCGCCGUCGCCGGGUAAAGUUCCAACCUUUUGGCCACCGUAAUAGAGAUUUCAAAUGGCAGAGUUCUCUGUUAUACCCUCUCUCUUAACUUCACAUGAACUCUUCUUCUUCUUCUUCUUCUUCUUCUUGCUCUGCAAUGGUCUGGUGUAAACCCUAAGCAAGCAUCACAUACCCUUUCACGUGUUUUUUGUCUCCUCAAGGGAAAUAAACCUCUAUUUUUCUUCUUCAUUAUCAUCCAUUGUGACUAUUCACCAAAAGAAGUCUACUUUCUCAGAGUUUCAAUGGAGAAGAACCAAACACAUUUUGUAAACUCAUCACCUUUCAAUCAUUUUUCCAGAUUCUCAAUGGAGAGGAAUCCGACCCAUUUCAUAAAUCCAUUGAGAAUCGGUGUUGCAGUGGGGAGGAGACAAACCCAGUUGGUAAAGUCAUCGACUUUCACUUGCAGCAACAAACCCUUGAAUCGUUUCUUCUUGUCCUUGUUCUGUUUCUGCUUCUGGAUCUCCAUGGCCAAACCUAUUCUCUCUCUCUCACCAGACGGCCAAGCUCUUCUCCCUCUAAAGAGAUCAUCGUCAGAUUUCUCAUCAUGGGACCCACAAGACCAGAUACCAUGUUCAUGGCAUGGCAUUACAUGCUCUGCAGACAACAAAGUGAUCUCCGUCUCCCUCCCCGACACUUUCCUCAACUUGUCUUCAAUCCCUUCAGACCUCUCUUCUCUCUCUUCUCUUCAGUUCCUGAACCUUUCUUCCACUAACCUCUCGGGCCCAAUCCCUCCUUCAUUUGGCAAACUCACCCACCUCAGACUUUUAGACCUUUCCUCAAACUCCCUCUCUGGUCCAAUCCCACCUGAGCUUGGUCACCUCUCCUCGCUUCAGUUCCUUAUCUUGAACGCAAACAAGCUCUCUGGUCAAAUCCCCCCACAAAUUUCAAAUCUUCCUUCCUUGCAAGUCCUCUGUCUGCAAGACAAUCUGUUAAAUGGCUCCAUUCCUUCAAGUCUAGGCUCUUUGCUCUCUCUUCAGCAGUUUAGACUUGGUGGGAAUCCUUAUCUCACAGGGCAUAUCCCUCCCCAACUAGGGUUUCUGACAAAUCUGACGACUUUAGGGUUUGCUGCUACUGGUUUAUCAGGUCCCAUCCCUUCCACUUUUGGGAACUUGGUGAAUUUGCAAACUUUGGCUCUGUAUGACACUGAAGUCUCUGGUACUAUUCCACCUGAACUGGGCUUGUGUUCUGAGCUCAGGAACUUGUAUUUGCACAUGAACAAGCUAACUGGAUCCAUUCCUAAGGAAUUGGGAAAGCUCCAGAAGCUCACAAGCUUGCUCCUGUGGGGAAAUUCAUUAUCUGGGUCGAUCCCACCCGAGAUUUCCAACUGUUCUUCCCUCGUCGUGUUCGACGCAUCUGCAAAUGGUUUGUCUGGUGAAAUUCCUGGGGAUUUAGGCAAGCUUGUUUCUUUAGAGCAGCUUCAGUUGUCUGAUAAUUUACUCGCUGGUACAAUUCCUUGGGAGCUAAGCAACUGUUCCAGCCUCAUUGCUCUUCAGCUGGACAAGAACCAGCUAUCAGGUUCCAUACCCUCUCAAAUAGGUCACAUGAAGCAUCUGCAGAGCUUUUUCCUGUGGGAGAACUCGGUUUCGGGAACAAUACCAUCUUCUUUUGGCAACUGCACGGACCUGGUUGCACUCGACCUGUCUAGGAACAAGCUAACUGGAAGAAUCCCAGAAGAGCUCUUUGGUUUAAAAAGGCUUAGCAAGCUUCUCCUUCUCGGUAACUCCAUAUAUGGUGGAUUGCCAAAGAGCAUUGCAAAAUGCCAGUCACUCGUGAGACUGAGACUCGGAGAGAAUCAGCUUUCGGGUCAGAUCCCGAAAGAGAUAGGCCAGUUACAGAACUUAGUCUUUCUUGAUCUUUAUAUGAACCGUUUCUCUGGAAAUCUUCCGUAUGAGAUCUCUAGCAUCACUGUGCUUGAGCUUUUAGAUGUUCACAAUAACUAUAUCACAGGAGAGAUUCCUCCUCAGCUUGGAAACCUUGUGAAUCUGGAGCAGCUUGAUCUGAGUAGGAACAGCUUCACUGGAAACAUACCGUCGAGUUUUGGGAACUUCAGUUACUUGAACAAGCUGAUCCUUAACAACAAUCUGCUCACAGGGUCGAUCCCGGUUUCGAUUAAGAAUCUGCAGAAGCUGACACUUCUUGAUCUGAGCUUCAACAGCUUGUCUGGUGAAAUCCCACAUGAACUUGGCCAAGUCAAAAGCUUGACAAUUAGCGUGGACUUGAGCAACAACGCGUUCAACGGAGAGAUACCCGAGACUUUCUCUGGUCUGACACAGUUACAGUCACUUGAUCUCUCACAGAACAUGCUUCACGGGAAGAUCAAAGUUCUUGGCUCUCUCACGAGCCUCGCUUCUCUCAACAUCUCCUGCAACAAUUUCUCGGGUCCUAUCCCUUCGACGCCGUUCUUCAGAAUGCUUUCUUCAAGUUCGUAUCUCCAGAACGCCAACCUUUGCCAGUCCAUUGAUGGCAUCACUUGUUCCUCCCGCAUGCAAAUGAACAGAGGAAAAUCCCCAAAGAUUGCAGCUUUGAUCUCUGUGAUCCUCGCUUCAGCCAUCAUUGCUGUCCUAGCUGCUUGCCUUUUCAUCUUAAGGAACAAUCACCGCUACACGAUGGAGAAACCCGCAUCAGCUUUGUAUUCUUCAUCAUUGUCACCAGCUGAAGAUUUCUCAUCCCCUUGGACUUUCAUUCCAUUCCAGAAGCUCGGUUUCGCCAUCAACAACAUUCUUGAUUGUUUGAAAGACGAGAAUGUGAUAGGCAAAGGCUGUUCAGGGACAGUGUAUAGAGCAGAAAUGCCGAACGGAGAAAUCGUCGCAGUCAAGAAGCUGUGGAAAACAAAAAUCGACGAAGGAGAACCCGCCAUUGAUUCUUUCGCAGCAGAGAUACUGAUUCUGGGAAACAUCAGACACAGGAACAUUGUCAAACUUCUGGGUUACUGUUCCAACAAAUCGGUGAAGCUGCUUCUUUACAACUACAUCCCCAACGGAAAUCUGCAACAGCUGUUACAAGGGAACAGGAACUUGGACUGGGAAACUCGGUACAAAAUAGCUGUCGGAACAGCGCAGGGAUUGGCGUAUCUGCAUCACGAUUGCGUUCCUGCCAUUCUCCACAGAGAUGUCAAGUGCAAUAACAUUCUUCUGGAUUCUAAGUACGAGCCCAUCUUGGCGGAUUUCGGUCUGGCGAAGCUGAUGAACUCGCCAAAUUAUCCGAACCCAAUUUCUCGAGUCGCUGGAUCAUAUGGCUACAUCGCACCAGAAUACGGAUACACGAUGAACAUAACAGAGAAGAGUGACGUCUACAGCUAUGGAGUCGUACUGCUGGAGAUUCUCAGCGGGCGGAGCGCAGUCGAGCCGCAGGUAGGCGACGGGCUCCAUAUAGUGGAGUGGGUGAAGAAGAAGAUGGGAAGUUUCGAACCGGCGAUGUCUAUACUGGACGCCAAGCUGCAGGGAUUGCCCGACCAGAUGGUUCAGGAGAUGCUUCAGACACUUGGGAUCGCCAUGUUCUGCGUAAACCCGUCACCGAUGGAGCGACCGUCGAUGAAGGAAGUGGUGGCUCUGUUGAUGGAGGUGAAGAGUUGUCCUGAAGAAUGGGGAAAGACUUCACAGCCAUUGAUAAAGCAGCAAUCUUCGCAGCAGAGUUGAGUUGAUGAUUGUUCUUUGUCUAGAAACAAAAAAGAUUGAAUUUUGAAAUAUUUGUUCGAGUA